GAUGUACAAUUUUACCUGUCGUCCCUGUGGUAUCUGGUCUAUUGACAUCUUUUGAUACUUUGAGCCGCUGAAAACGAUUCAAAAACGACGAUCCCCAGCAAUGCUCUGUGCAGGGAACUGUAUCGUAAGAUGAUGAGGAACGGCUCGCUGAGCUCUCUGGGGCUGGGGAGGGACGCCUCCGGCCCGGUCAGUGGAGAAAUACUUUCGGAGAUCAUCUACCCAGAGACGCCGCCCACCCGGGUUCAUCAAGUCCCACCCUUCCCGGGAAACGACUCGUCUCCUUCCGGUGUCCCAGUGGUCCGUGCUGAAGAAGCGCUGAUCGUGAUCUUCGUGCUGAUCCUGUGGGUCGCGGCCAUUGCUCUCUUCUUCAAUCGCUGGGGGAAAAUACGAAUGUUGGAGCCGUACCAACCCAAGUUCCACCAGGAGCACCGCACCAGCUGCCCCAUGGUGGAUAUUAACCACCAGAAUCUUCCGCACGGACAGCCUCGAACGUCUUUCUCAAAGUUCAAUGUGAACUGUCUGGACCCACCACCACACUUCGCUGCCGUCCCACCCACCUACCGGAGUCUGCUGCGACCCCGUCAGAACUCCGUGUUCGUGGGAAGUUCCACGGCCAUGUUCUCGGCUCACAUGAACCCACCACGUAAGACCAAGUCGGCGGUGGACAUCCAGAGUCUGGUGAUGAACGAAAGGCCUCCUGCCAGCAAGAGUAUGCUCCCCAUGACCUCCGUGGACAGGAGACCCUCUUGCAGCACUCUAGGAGUGAGGAGAUCCUCCUGCCUCCUGUCCCCCCGACCUUGCGACCGUCGGCCUUCCUCCUGCAGCGAGUUCUCCCCCAGAGACCGCCACCCUUACUGUGGCGACUUCCUGUCUCCUCUCCACUGUAUCGACAGGAGGACCUCGACUUCCGGUGACUAUCUGGUGCCACUUAGGGAACACAAGGAACAGCGCCGCCCCUCCUUCAACAACGUGAUCGCCCAGGUGACCGCCGAGAGACGACCCUCCUCCAGCAUGCUCCGUAUCAGUAACGUCUGAAGGUCGGCCGGCCGGAUCGACUCACUUCCGGAGUAACUGCAACACCAACUUCCGGUAGCGAUUCGGCUCCUUCUUCUUCACUAAUUCUAAACAACUCACCGACUACUGGCCUAUUGUGACUUAACACUACUGUUCUAUUCUGACAAGAACUAUUGCCUUCUUUACGUGGGUGCGUCUUGAGACUUCAACCCGUACCUUAGCUUUUAUAACUUGUGACGAAGUAUAUUAGGCAACGAGGUAGUUUAGGUUAGAGAAGCUUAUUUUUUACAAUCGGUAAUCCUUUAUGCAAAAUAAUAAUUUGUUUAGUUAGAAACUCGAAUGGUCUUGCCAUUAAGAAAGAUCUUCACCUCUUUUACGCGCUUGAAUAUGUAAUUUAAGGUUACCUAUAAACUGGAAGAAGUAUUUAGAUAUGUGUUAUGUAUCACAUGGAAUACGAGGCAAAUUUUCACUUGUUUGGAGAAAUGUCACCAUCAAUUUUAUUUUAUUUCAGUGAUGGGUCGAUUCCAACUAUCAAUUAUAAUAUUAGUUCUAGGCAGUUUGGAUUGAUUUUCAUUAUCUAUUAAUCGACAGUUUAUUUCUAUGUUUGCUAAAAUUUUGCCACCGAUUAUUGUUAAAAACAAUGACAACAAGUAAUUAGCCCUAUUACGGCUUCUGUUCAGAUUUCAAUUUGUAAUUUUCAAACAGUAUUUUGAGUAUCAAUAGCCGUUGAUUGUAGCGGGAAAAAAUCUAAUCGAUAGCUGAAUCCAAUUCUGUCCGAUUACUGGUAAGAGAAAAGGAUGGAAGUGGACUAAGUCCAAUGGCAACAGCUGUACAUAAUAACCAUCAUCCAUUAAAACUUAUGGAAAUUAAUGUAUAAUCGUUAAUUAACAAUUUCCGAAUUGCAAUAUUUUGGAAUCUACCUGUUCUAAAUUAAUUUUCUUUACAAAAAAUACGGAAACAAAAGAUCAAUGUUUAUUAUUAAUUAUUUAAAUUGUAAUUUAUUUCAACUCUCCCAUAUUGAAUAUUAUAUUAAUUUUAACCUACAAAGCCAGAAAUUUUUAUACAAUAUUUCUUUCAUGAGAGUCUGAAAGUUCACUGAGCGAGUUAGUGUGAAAAGAAGUUUGAAUAUUUUGACAAUAACUAAUGACCUAUUUUAUUUUGUAAAUUUUUCAUCUUCAAAAAUCGCUUAGGAAUACAAAACUUAAAUUUCUAAUUAGCUAGCUUUAAAUUUGCAUGAAAAAACUGCUGGUCUUUGUAAGAUUAAAUUAUAGAAAAUACAGUACCGGUAUUUCUUUAUUUGUAAUUAAACACACUUAUAUGAAAUAUAGUUUUAAUUUAUUUGUUUUAUAUUUAUAUUUAUGACAUAAAAACAUUAUUGGU